UUCUUUUGUAACUUUCAAAGUACUAUCAAUUCAUUUCUAUCAUUUACGAUGAUCAAAUCCUUUCAACUCUCGUUUACUGUUCUUAUUGUCUUCACGGUUCUUAUACUAGGAGUGGUUGGAAAUGUGGAGCAAAAAAGCCAAGAUUGGUGUUGGAGCAUUGUAAACAAAGACCGUUGUCUUCAGAAAGAGUGUGAGUCUCUGUGUUCGAAGAAACAUCCGAAAGGAAAAUUUAUGUGCAUACCUUCAACCCCGGGAGGACCUUUUCAAUGUCACUGUCGUCAUCCUUGCCGUUAACUGUUACUUUUUAAAAAACAAUAAAUCUCAAAUAAUGCAAAGACAUGUUUAGAACAUUUGAUUUUGCUAAGAUAUGCGUUUAUGAUGACCAAAGGUGUUUUCUUUAUAAUAAUUGUAUGUUUUAUUAUGAUAAGUUUUGUUCUUUUUUCCUUCUGAGAACAUAUAAGCUUAAGUAUGUUUCUACUCUC